AUGUAUACAACAGAAAUGCUUAAAUCCAUAUGUCUGCUAGGAUCACUGCAGUUUCAUCGGAAAGGAAAGGAACCUUGUGCCCUACCCAAGAUCCUAGAUACUAAAGUGGAGGAGAGUUCCGAAGUACCUAUUUUAGAAGACACGUCAUCAUCACCAACAGAUAUUCAACAGCAUUUAUGGCAGGUUUCCACAGAUAUUGAAAACACUGAAAGAUAUGAGAGAAAUGAAAAACCUUUUAAGUAAACUCAGGGAGACUAUGCCUUUACCACUGAAAAAUCAAGGUAG